AUGGCGGAUGCGGACACCGACGGGCAGAUUCCGACAACGUCGAGCAAGCACACAUGGAGCCAGUUCCCGACGAACGUGGACUCCCCACCCAACGAGUUCGCGAGAGACGAUCUGGGUCUGAGCUACACUUUGCUAGGGAGCAGCAACAGUCCGCAAGACAAUCGCGCCCCAUCAUCAUAUUACAGCAUCAGUGCCCAAAGCGUACCAGACCCAGACUGCCUGCUGCACAAUGACGUGGACCUGUGGUCAAACGACCCGAAGCCACGGGUCAAGGUCAAACGCACCGUCAAGGAACGCAUUGAGAUGUUCGAGGAAACUCUGGCAACCGCCACUCCGCCAAACUCGAUAAUGUCGGAAUACUGGCAUGGCGACAUUCGAGGGGGUUCGGCCCCGCCAUUGAGUUUGAACAGGCACCGGAAUAAUGCGGCGUUCCCAGCCAAGGCAGCACUGAAGAAGGGUUCAGUGGCGUCAGCGUUACUUCCGGCACUGACGGGAGGCUCUGCCACGCCCAUCGCAACUGGCGUCGUUAGCAAGUCCACGGCGUCGAAAGAAAAAUCCGGUGUCGCCGCCAACAUGCGGCGCAGCAUGAGGCGUCGGACGCCGCAAGCGAGCAAAGAUGGCGGCGAUCCGUCGGCACCUGCCAGGGUGAACGGUUCACACGGCAGAUCAGGUGCGGCUGGGAAGAAGCCCGCUAAUUACAGCAGCGUGCAGGAGCUGGCGUCGGAGAUCCAGAACGCACGGAGCCGUCUGCGUGCCACGAAAACCUUACUAGACCUGAAGCUGAGUGAGGAGUGUGGUGGUGGUGGUGGUGAACAGAAGCCUGCAUCCAGCCCCCUGAGUAGGGAAUGUGCCACCAAUGUGGACCUUAUGGCAAGAAGCCGUCUGCGCGCCGCGCAGGUCUCGACCGACAGCAUGCUACCGGAGAAGGAUGGCGGUGGAGGUGAUCGAGGCGCCGCAUCUGCUCCCACGUCAUUGCGAAGAGCAGAGUGGAUCGGUGUAGACGCCAGGCAGGGUGGCAGCGCGAGCACAGCACAAGCCCCGUCUCACGUCAAGCGGACCGCCGAGAGUGGCGCAUCUAGUGUCUCUACUUUGUCCCCUCACACGUCCUUGCAGAGAGAAGAGUCGGCCAGUGGAGAAUCCGUGGCCGAAAGGCAGCCCGGGACCAGUCAGACCUCGGCCAAUAUCAAGCGACUUGAUGGAGGCAAUAGGGACGAUACGACGUCAGUAAAUACAUCCGUAGCGUCGCGUGGAGGAGAGACCGAACAUGAAGAAUCCAAGACCAGGGAAAACCAGCACGUCGCGGAAACUUCGCUCGGUAGCAAACACGCCAAAGCGGUUUCUGGGGAAGGUCAGACUUUAGCACCUGCAGAGCAUAUAGCAUUACCGAAGCAAGACCCGCUCUACGUGGAUUUCACAGCUAGGGGCCGCGGACAUGCCAGGAAAGCGGUGUCCAACGUCGGACCGAUCGGGGAGAGUGCUGGCAGCGACGAAAACGCUACGCAUACACGCGCCGCGCAAGACAGACGUCACUCGACCGGCGAAGCUAAACCUCGGCCGGUUGUAACCAGUACUGCGUCGUCGACUGCGCAACUCAAGCAGAAGUUUGAGCGCUUGGCCAUCGAUGGCAUCGAACAGCAGAAGAGGAAGCAGCAGCAAGCGCCUCCGCCGAUGCGACGCCUGGCGACGAUACGCGUCCAGUCGAAUUCGGGGACAAACACGUCAAAAUUGCUCACGAGAGGCGGCGGCGGAGAAGCAGCGGACACCGCACCGCGCUCGCAUUCGUCAACCGCAACAUUCCGCAGGAGCCGUGAGAGCACCACAUCGAGAACUUCAACCGUGAGCAAAGGCAGCUCGGGAAGCUCGGACGGGGGCAGUGGCAGCACACGCAGUAGCUUUACCAGCCGCACGGGCUUCUUUCGCCUGCGCAGCAGUGGCUCCGAGCGCAUCACUCGUCAACAGUGCAAGGCGCUGAUGUCGGGUAGCUACUCGUCGAGCUUCUCGCCCAGUCCCGGUGCAGACACAGCCACCCAGUUGAAGUCUCCGGUGAUGCGAGUCAAGAGUGCUGAGUUGCGGACGUCCAUACCCGAACAGGGCGACUACCGCGACAAGUGUUCCAAUAGUCCACGGGCUCUUCUGCAGCGAUUGGCCAGUGCGGAUAGUCCCAGCAAUAGUCCCAUCAUAAGUAUGCUUGAUGAUGAUGGUGGUGUGGAGAUAGCCUUAUGA